AUGGCAUCUCGCAUCGUCGUCGUCCCAGACCCGGUCUCAACCGUCGUGGUCACACAAUAUGUUCCAGCCAACAACACACAGGACGUUAACAGCGCCGCCCUACCACCUGUUGCAACGGCGCCCGCUGAGAACUUGCCACCUCCCAACGAUACUCCUGUAGUGGAUGGAGACGCUCCCCAGUUUGCGUCCUUUAUUCCUCCUACAAACCCCGAGGUCAAUCCUGUUCCCACGACCGUGGCAGGACAGGAGCCCCCUAACGGCGUUCCUGGAAACGAUGGAAAUGCUCCGCAAUUUGGGACUUUCCUUCCUGUUACAAGUCAAGAAGCCAGCCCUGCUCCCACAGCUGCGCCUGGUCAAGAACCUCCCAACGAAGUUCCUGUAGAUGGAGAUGCUCCACAGUUCGCGACCUUUAUUCCUACAAGUCAAGAAGUUAGCCCUGCCCCUACGACGGCACCUGGGCAGGACCCCCCUCAAGAGGUCCCUGCAAACAACGGAGAUGCCCCUCAGUUUGCAUCUUUCAUCCCUCCGACAAGUGAAGCGGUCGACCCUGUCCCCACGACUGCGCCAGGACAAGAACCCGAGCCUGCACCACCCGCACCUUUGCCCGAGACGACUAGCGCUGUCGAACCGAUUCCUCAACCACCGGCCCCGGAAGCACCUCAAGAAACAACACCUCCCAUUGAGUCGAUCGCACAGCCAACUUCGCAGCCGCCGCCUCAGGAGACAAUAGAGCCGACCCAACCGAUAGAUGGACCUGAUCCAGUGACAACUGACGCCCAGCCACCCGUUCAGCCAACUUCUCAACAGGCACCCCAGGAAACUCCAUCAGACGCUCGCCUCAUCGAUGGACCGGACCCUGUAACUACAGAUGCACAGAACCCUGCCCGACCGUCUGCUCAACCGACAACACAAGGAGGGCCCGGAAACACGCCAGAGAAUGCUCGUCUGAUCAUCGAGACGGAGACGGAGUCAUCGUUCUCACUGUCCGCGACACUUACCUCUGAAAUUCUUCAGUUUGACACUGCGUCGUUCACUUACACGGGCCCCCCUUCUCGCUCAACAACUCUCCAAACCCGACAGGGAACCAGCACUGAUGUGUCUGCUGGUGGCUCUACCGAGACCUCUGACGGCUCUGACUCUGAUGACGACGAGACGAAUGUUGGUGGCUCCGAGCCGUUGUAUACCACUGCGACCUUGGCUGAUGGUGUGGUUACGACUAUUGAUCUUGGUGCAACUGCUGGAACUGGCCAAUCCUCGGAAACCGAAACCCCUGGUGCCGUUGUCAAGGACAAGUCGGAAGAGGAUGCAGGCGCAACCCCAGUCGUUGUGGGAAGUAUUGUUGGCUCGAUCCUGGGGAUAUCUAUGCUGGCACUGGUCAUCUUCUGGCUCAUCAGAAGACGAAAAUUGCAGCGCCGUAGAAGCACCCUUCUCACGCCUCUCGGUGUUCGUCCAGGUGCACCACCCGGUACACCUGGUAACCUGAUGAAGUAUGAAAUCGACAACCAAUCUCUGGGCCCAACACCACGAUCUGCCAAAGUUGCAGCCGCCAUGAGUGCCAAUGCCAAGAAGUUUAGUCAACGACUCCGGCAAUCUAUGAGUGACGCCUCCCAUAUCAACAUGAGCCGCGGAAACUCUCAAUUCGGCCAUGAAGGGCAAGUCGUGCCCACUCCACGUGCUCAUAGCAGAGCAAGUUCAACCCCCCCUGGGCUACCGCAACAAAAUGGAUGGUGGUCUCAGGCUUUCGAAGAGUCGAUUGCCAGGGAUGUCCCCGCCGCGGCUCCUCCUAUGGCGCAACCGGGCUAUGACGGAAGACGAACACCAAGCCCUAAUCCUUUCUCCGACUACAACUCCGCCGUUGGGGGACCUUCAGCCACUGCCCGUGAAUAUUCCCAUAGUGUCCCGCCUCAUGGCUCGAUGGUGCCGCAGCCUCUUGAGCCUGCCCGACCCUACGCAGCGGACGACCCCUUUGCUGAUGGAGACUCAAUCAUGUCACCAGAGCUUGCGCGGCAAUCGCCAACGAUAUAUGGAGGCGCUGUCGACCAACGUCGAAGCCCACCUAUGUCGCGCAAUCUUACCCCUCAAUCAACGGGUGACAACAUGAAUCUCAGGCCACAAGAGGUCUGGCGUGGCAAGGUUCAUUCAAACCCCUUUGAUCUGGAACUUGAUAAUCGAGUGGUUCCCAGCAUGUAUGGCAACAUUCAACAAGUGCCUCGCUACACUGUUGCUAGCUCUUUCUACAGUACCGCCAACAACAACAGCAACAAUAACAACCGGUACACUACUAGACAGUCACGUGCUGACAGCUUCACUUCGAAAUAUACUAGCGGAGUGAGCUCGAUCAGCGAGUGGCCUCCUGUACCCCCUCGUGUUCCCAGCAUCUACGGCCGGUAUGGGGAUGACGGGACUGAUCUCCCCGUUCCUCCCCAGCACUCCAGAAGUGAUGACAACUCUUGGAGGCGCUGA